AUGGCAUUCUACUAUGAACACCCCAAGGCAAAAAUCCCUCAUGGAUUUAGUCAGCGCCGAAAGCUUUUCAUUUUUCAUCACGUCAUGAACUUUGGGUUUGGCCUCGCAAAAGUUUUGGAAAAAGUAGGUAUCACCUCAGAGAUGUAUUUCAUCAGGGCUGUCAUGGAUGGAAUACCGCCAUUAAAAGAUAAACAUCUUUUUAUCAGGGACUUAAGGUUUGAAAAGGUUGAAGUAAGAAUUUACCAGCCAAAAACAUCAACUACUGGCCAAAGAAGGGGAAUCCUUUAUUUUCACGGAGGAGUUGGACUGUUUGGAAGUAUUCGGGCCUAUGAAAGAACAUGCCGCUAUUUUGCCGGACAAAGCAAUUCGGUGGUGGUGUGUGUUGGGUAUCGUUUAGCUCCUGAGCAUCCAUAUCCAACCCAGUUUGAGGACUGCCUCGCUGCCACCAUCCACUUCAUGAGGACUGCACAAGACUAUGGAGUAGACCCUGCUCGCAUUAUCAUCUGUGGAGAUAGUAGCGGAGGCACAAUCACUGCUGCUGUGGCCCAAGCACUGGUGAACAGACGAGAUCUCCCAAAGCUGAGAGCACAAAUCCUAAUAUACCCUUUUCUUCAGGCUUUGGACUUUGAUUUGCCUUCUUAUCAGCAGAAUGAGGGGGUGCCCAUUUUGUUAAAGGAACGAACCCUUUCUCUUGGUUUGAAGUAUCUUAAUAAAGAUUUGCCUGCCACACAAGCAGCAUUUAAAGUACUUAAAAGCUAUCAUGUGCCAGAAGAUUUGCUACUGAAGUAUCGGAAAUGGGUGAGUUCUGACAUCAUCCCUCCCGAGUUUAAAAGAAGAGGCUACAAACCGAGUACAACACAUUCAUUCUCAGAAGAAAUCUAUGCACUGGUCAAGCCUGUUUUUGACACUGUAUUUUCACCACUGCUAGCUGAAGACAGUGUUAUUGCUCAGCUGCCUGAGGCUUUCAUUUUGACCUGUGAAUAUGAUGUGCUUAGAGAUGAUGGACUGCUCUACAAAAAACGAUUAGAGGAUCAUGGUAUAAAAGUGACCUGGUGCCAUUUGCAAGAGGGAUUCCAUGGCACGGUAUUCUUGGCUCUUUGUGGUGCGCUGUUGGCAUUCCAAUCUGGAAAUAAAGGCCUGGAAAAUAUAGUACAUUUUCUAAGAUUGAUGUAA